AGCGCGCGCCGGGCCGCCCGCCCGUCUCUGCUUUCAGGAUGACGACGUCGGGCGCCCUCUUCCCGAGCCUGGUGCCGGGCUCGCGCGGCUCCUCCAGCAAGUACCUCGUGGAGUUCCGCGCGGGGAAGAUGUCGCUGAAAGGAACCACGGUCACCCCCGACAAGCGGAAAGGGCUCGUGUACAUCCAGCAGACGGACGACUCGCUCAUUCACUUCUGCUGGAAGGACAGGACGUCGGGGACCGUGGAGGACGAUUUGAUUAUCUUCCCGGAUGACUGCGAGUUCAAGCGCGUGGCACAGUGCCCCAGCGGGAGAGUCUACGUGCUCAAGUUUAAGGCCGGGUCCAAACGGCUCUUCUUCUGGAUGCAGGAGCCCAAGACUGACCAGGAUGAGGAGCACUGCCGGAAAGUCAACGAGUAUCUGAAUAACCCUCCAAUGCCUGGGGCGCUGGGGGCCAGCGGGAGCAGCGGCCACGAGCUCUCUGCUCUGGGUGGUGAGGGUGGCCUGCAGAGCCUGCUGGGAAAUAUGAGUCACAGCCAACUCAUGCAGCUGAUUGGACCCGCCGGCCUCGGAGGACUGGGUGGGCUUGGGGCCCUCACUGGGCCGGGCCUGGCCAGUCUCCUGGGGAGUGGCGGGCCUCCGGCCAGCAGCUCUUCCUCCAGCUCCCGGAGCCAGUCGGCAGCCGUCACCCCAUCCUCCACCACCUCUUCUGCCCGCGCCACCCCAGCCCCUUCCGCCCCAGCAGCUGCCUCGGCCACCAGCCCAAGCCCCGCGCCCAGUUCAGGUAAUGGAGCCAGCACGGCGGCCAGCCCGACCCAGCCCAUCCAGCUGAGCGACCUGCAGAGCAUUCUGGCCACCAUGAACGUGCCGGCCGGGCCCGGAGGUAGCCAGCAAGUGGACCUGGCCAGUGUGCUGACGCCGGAGAUCAUGGCUCCCAUCCUCGCUAACGCAGAUGUCCAGGAGCGCCUCCUGCCCUACCUGCCCUCAGGGGAGUCCCUGCCCCAGACCGCCGACGAGAUCCAGAACACGCUGACCUCACCCCAGUUCCAGCAGGCCCUGGGAAUGUUCAGUGCAGCCUUGGCCUCGGGGCAGCUGGGCCCUCUCAUGUGCCAGUUUGGCCUGCCUGCAGAGGCUGUGGAGGCCGCCAACAAGGGCGAUGUGGAAGCAUUUGCCAAAGCUAUGCAGAACAAUGCCAAAUCUGAGCAGAAGGAGGGCGAUGCAAAAGACAAGAAAGAUGAAGAGGAAGACAUGAGUCUAGAUUAAGUUAUUUACUGUCUUUUAAGGAGUUUGAAUUCUUAGUCAUGUGACUCUUGUAGUGGCAUUCGUGAUUUGUUGCAUACCCUUUCCUGUUCCAACUCACUAAUAAAUAAAAGUCCUUUCUUUUACCUGC